UGUGCCGCGAGAAUGCCAAUUGAUGCCAAUAUGCAUUGAGUUCCGUGGCUACUUGAGGAAACGGUCGAAAGUAAAUGCCGUGCGUAUAUAAGUUUUCGAGCGUGCCAUCAGGUUGGUGAGAUACAACAGAAAUUUCUUUACACCGAAAGUACGUGGAGGGGAUUGUACAUUGUAAAUUUGCCUAUCGGGGGUAGCAGCCUUUUCAAUUUCAAUACGGUCCAUUAAGACACGAUCAACGUGUACGAUUACGUCUCGUCACGACGAACGAACGAGCCUUUUCCUUUAUCCGAUCCGAACGAGCAACAUUUCCGGCGAUUACAAAGUAAAUGCCGCUGCAUCGACGGUAACUCAACAUCUCGGUUAACCACCGAAAUCGUAUGCUGCAGUGUGCUGUUCGCCACGAUCCAGAGUGCAUAACGAUUGCGGCACUUUAAAACCGUGAAUUGGAAUCCGCGUUGACGCCUUCUCAUAAAUAUGAACGCGGAAAUAUACGAAAGCCUGCCUACAUCUUCCAUGCCUGUACAUAUGACAGCGGGCGCGUUUGCUGGAAUUAUGGAGCACUGCGUGAUGUAUCCGCUUGACAGUGUCAAGACCAGAAUGCAAGCAUUAACUCCAGGUCCAGGUGGGGGAGGGGGAAUGGGAGAAGUCCUGAUUAGAAUGGUACGACAGGAGGGUCUUUUGAGACCAAUUCGUGGUAUGAGUGCAAUGGUUGUAGGAGCUGGACCUGCACAUGCAUUAUAUUUUUCAUGUUAUGAAUUCAUAAAAGAUAAGCUACUAAGUUCAAGGACACUCUCUGAAUUCAAUUUGGUUGCUUAUGGUGUUGCUGGGUGUGUGGCAACACUUCUUCAUGAUGGUGUAAUGAAUCCAGCAGAAGUGGUUAAACAACGAUUACAAAUGUAUAACUCUCCCUAUCAAAGUGUCACAGCAUGUAUAAAAAAUGUAUAUCAGAAUGAAGGCGCAAAGGCAUUUUAUAGAAGUUAUACUACUCAGCUGGCAAUGAAUGUACCUUUCCAGAUGAUUCACUUCAUGACUUACGAAGUCGCGCAAGCUUUCACAAAUCCGCAACACAUAUACAAUCCUAUAGCUCACGUGGAAUCUGGUGCGUUGGCAGGAGCUGUUGCUGCUGCGGUUACAACGCCUUUAGACGUUUGCAAAACACUUUUGAAUACACAAAACGGUGUACAUGCUCGGGGUAUGAUAGAUGCUUUUAAGAAAGUUUACGCUCAUAGCGGUAUACGUGGCUACUUCCGUGGUUUAAAUGCUCGUAUUAUAUAUCAAAUGCCAGCGACCGCUAUUUGUUGGUCAACAUAUGAAUUUUUCAAGUAUAUACUUCAAGAAAAACAAGACGAUGGAUAUCAUAGACCAGAAGCUGAUAAUGACGCAAGCGGUACGAAUCAGAAUCAGGCUGGUUCUUCUAGGUCUAGUCGCUUUCAAGAUGUGAGUGUGUAUCUUAAUAAAACCGCCCCAACCUCGGUAUUACUCGAUGUGUCUACUAGUUAG